AUAACUGAACUGAGGAAGCAAAGUUGGACAGUACUGCUUCACCUGAGGGUCCAGAGAUAGGACCCAGACACAUCUCUCUGAGCAGGAUAUCUUCAGGACUGGGCUGGAGACCUCCUGACUCCUGGUCAUUGUCCACCAGCACAGGGUCCAGGUGCCGGCAGCCAGGGCAGGAGAAUAGUUUUAUUUUCUUUUUAGUGGAGGUUCUCAGUAAGGCUUCAAGAUUUCGUCGAAAAGCAGACAGGAGGAACGGCCAGCUCUGAGCCGGCUGGUGGCCAGGAAGAGGCUGGUGGCCGCCGGGGCGCUGGGGGUGAUCAUGGUGCUUCUUCUGGUGGUCCUCAUCCCGGUUCUGGUCAACUCCGCUGGGACAUCGGCUCACUACGAGAUGCUGGGAACCUGCCGCAUGGUCUGCGAUCCGUAUGGGACCAAACCUCCCAGUACUGCUACAGCAGAGACGGUGCGGGAGCAUAGCCUUCUCCAGUCACUGCCCACAUUCAUACAGGGACCCAAGGGGGAGCCUGGGCGACCAGGGAAAGCUGGACCUCGGGGACCUCCUGGAGAACCAGGGCCACCUGGACCAAUGGGACCUCCCGGGGAUAAAGGGGAGGUGGGGAGACCAGGGCUUCCAGGUCCAGCUGGGGCCCCUGGGCUAAACGCUGCUGGGGCUAUUAGUGCUGCCACUUACAGUACUGUGCCCAAGAUCGCCUUCUAUGCUGGGCUCAAACGCCAACACGAGGGCUAUGAGCUGCUCAAAUUCGAUGAUGUGGUCACCAAUUUGGGCAAUCACUAUGACCCCACCACUGGCAAGUUCACCUGCUCCAUACCUGGCAUAUACUUCUUCACCUACCAUGUCCUGAUGAGAGGAGGGGAUGGCACUAGCAUGUGGGCAGAUCUGUGCAAAAACAACCAGGUCCGCGCAAGUGCGAUUGCUCAAGAUGCAGACCAAAAUUAUGACUAUGCCAGCAACAGUGUGGUUCUACACCUGGAACCUGGAGAUGAAGUAUAUAUAAAGCUCGAUGGGGGAAAGGCACACGGUGGAAAUAAUAAUAAAUACAGCACAUUUUCUGGAUUUAUCAUCUAUGCUGAUUGAGGAUACCUCGCCGAAGGAACUGAUUUUUUUUUUCUUUAACAGCCCUUUGACACGGAUUAAAAUGGGGCUGCAGGCUGCAAAUCAAUAGUGCCCUAAGAUACGGACAGUGGGACAACGGCUGGAUUCCAACGCUACCUGAUUCACAGCUGUAAACCUCAGAAACAUUAUUAUUCAAAUAUAUACAUAAUAUAUAUAUAUAUAUAUGUUGUACGAGUUACACAGAUAUGUCAUCCCUGACCACCAAAGCGAACAUUAUUUGUUUGUGCCUGUGUGAAUGAAAUCCUAUUAAAUAACAGAUUUUGUAAAGAAAACAAAACAAAACGAAAAAAAAAGUCGAAACAAACAAAAAAAGUUACUGAAACAUUCCCUACAUAUAUGAUAUUAAUAUAAUAUAACCUUGCUGCUUUACCCAUGUGUCAGCUUUGAACUUUAUCAGCUAUCUGCCUAUAAACCUUGGAGUUUGUAACUGAUCUGCCGAAGUAGAAUUCUGGGCGACAGAAAGCAGACCCAUAAUGAACCGUGUGCAUUCUAUAGAAGGUGUGACAAACAGAGAUAUAAUAUGUAGCAUUAGAGUGACUUGGAGGAAGGGAUGCUGGCUCACAACUGCAGAUAGUAAAUGUAUCACGCUUAACCCUUUCAGUGUUGGAUGGAUACGCAACAGCUCGAAAUGCGUUACUUACUGUCCGUCACUGAAAGACGCUAAGAGAUGUGCUGACAAUUCAUGGUAAAAUCAUUAUAUAAAAAAAAAACUGUAAAAUAGCUAAAUAACGUUAAAAAAAAAUGAAAAUACAUACAAAAGUGCUAUAGAUAUAAAAAAAAAUAUUAAAAUAUAAAGUUUAUAUUUAA